AUAAUAUUCUCCAAAAAAGUGUCAAGGAAAGGCUUUUUUGGCAUUUUGCAGUCCUCAAUAAACUAUUAGCGUUUUUAAUUGUUGGACAUUUAAACAUCCACAACUGUCUUUUUCUCGUGUGUUGUGUAAUUCAAAUCGGCGUACUCAUAGGGCCGCUGUUGGCCAGUGUAUUCAUGUUUCACGUUGGGUAUAAAAAGAAACCUCCCGAUAAUGACUAUCAGAGACGGAAAGCUAUUCACAUGGUUACAACGUCGGCGCCGUGUGAACAAAUGUAGUAAAAAAUCUAUAUUUUUCUAACGGAUGUGGACUAUUCUGGAUUGACACCUGACACUUGCGUUUCGGAAAAAAUUAUGGACCAUAAAAAUCCGGGCAAAUUGGAACAUUAUUUGUCCCACUGAUUUUUGCAAGGAAAUGUCGAGCAGAACAAUGAGACGGCAAGUACUGUUUUUUUUUCUGGUCCUUCAUCUAAGUACAGUGCUCGGCCAAAUCAGCUACUCGAUCCCGGAGGAAAUGUCAAGUGGAUCUUUAGUCGGCAAUAUUGCUCAAGAUUUGGGAUUAGAUAUUAAACGAGUGAAAUCGGGCAAAGCUCGGGUAUACACAGGAGACGGUGUGGGAUACAUCGAGCUAAAUACAGAACGAGGAGUCUUACUCAUCAAAGACAGAAUAGACAGAGAAGCGAUUUGCAGACAGACUACUCCUUGUGCUCUACAUUUCCAAAUUAUUUUGGAAAAUCCGAUGGAGUUCUACAGUAUCACAGUGGAAAUAACUGAUAUAAAUGACAAUCCUCCCACCUUUGAACGAAAUGAAGUCAGUUUUAAAAUAAGCGAAUCUGCUUUAGUUGGAGCAACAUUUGGAUUAGAUAGAGCAAUAGAUCUUGAUGUGGGCAAAAAUGGUCUUCAAAACUACGAGCUCAAACCUACCAAUAAUUUUAUACUCAAACGAAAUAGUCAGGGGGAUGGAACAGAAAAGGUGGAAAUGGUUUUACAGAAGCACCUCGACAGAGAGAAAGAAGAUAUCGUUUACUUAGUUCUAACAGCGUUUGAUGGAGGAAACACCCAAAUGUCAGGGACAAUUAGGAUUUCCAUCACGGUGUUAGAUGCCAAUGAUAACGCUCCUGUUUUUACACAGUCAACCUACACAGCCACAGUUUUAGAAAAUGCCGCGAUUGGGACAAUUGUUACAAGCGUUGCGGCGUCUGACGCAGAUUAUGGAACGAAUUGCAGAAUUAAGUAUUCAAUUACUAACAGUUUAGAUCAAGCUCACACGUUGUUUCAGAUACAUGAAGACAGUGGCGAAAUUCGAUUGAUUGGAAAUAUUGAUUAUGAAAAAAUGCAGAAUUAUCAUAUUAAUAUACGUGCAACUGACGACGGUGGACUUACAGAUUCAUGUAAAGUUAUAGUUGAAGUGGUGGAUAUAAACGACAAUAAACCAGCAAUUAAUAUUAUGUCAAAAUUAAACAUGAUAUCUGAGCACUCUAAGCCGAGCACUGUAGUAGCAAUGAUUAACGUUCAAGACCCUGAUUCAAGCGAAAACGGCGAAGUUCACUGUUUCAUCAACAAUAACACCCCUUUGACGAUAAUAUCGACAUCAAAAAAAUUCUACAGUUUAGUAACUGACAGUGAAUUAGACAGAGAGAGAUCCUCUGAGUAUAAUAUAACUGUGACCUGCUCUGAUGAAGGAGUCCCCUCCCUCUCCAGCAGCGUCACUCUCACCUUACAGAUCUCUGAUGUUAAUGAUAACGCGCCUGACUUUGAGAGGAGCUCAUAUGAGGCCUAUAUUGUAGAAAACAACACACCAGGACUCUCUAUAUUUACAGUGAAAGCCAGAGACGCUGACUGGAACCAGAACGCCCGUGUUUCGUACAUACUGGAGGACUCCUCUGUUAACGGAGUGCCAGUCUCCUCGUAUGUGUCCGUUAGUGCUGAUAGUGGAGUCAUCCACGCAGUGCGCUCUUUUGACUACGAGCAGAUCAAAGUUUUCCACUUCCGCGUCAAAGCGCAAGAUGGAGGCUCCCCUCCACUCAGUAGCAACGUGACUGUGAAAGUGCUGAUCCAGGACCAGAACGACAACCCUCCUCAGGUUCUGUACCCUGUCCAGACUGGAGGCUCUCUGGUGGCUGAGAUGGUUCCUCGUUCAGCAGAUGUGGGCUAUCUGGUCACUAAAGUGGUGGCUGUUGAUGUGGACUCUGGACAGAAUGCCUGGCUCUCCUACAAACUGCAGAAAGCCACAGACAGGGCGCUGUUUGAAGUGGGCUUACAGAAUGGAGAAAUAAGAACCAUCAGCGGAGUCACUGAUAAAGAUGCAGUGAAACAAAGACUGACUGUGAUCGUGGAGGACAACGGGCAGCCCUCUCGUUCAGCUACAGUCAUUGUUAACGUGGCGGUGGCGGACAGCUUCCCUGAAGUGCUGUCUGAGUUCACUGACUAUACACAAGACACGGAGUACAAUGACAACCUGACCUUCUACUUAGUGUUGGCUUUGGCUGUAGUUUCCUUCCUCUUCAUCACGUGUUUAGUGGUUAUUAUAUCAGUGAAGAUCUACAGAUGGAGGCAGUCUCGCGUCCGGUAUCACUCCAAUCUCCCUGUGAUUCCGUAUUAUCCACCACGUUACUCAGACACUUUGGGGACAGGGACUCUCCAACACGUGUACAACUACGAGGUGUGCAGGACGAAUGACUCCAGAAAGAGUGACUGUAAGUUUGGCACUGUCAGUAGUCAGAACGUGCUGAUAAUGGACCCCAGUUCUGCAGGAACGAUGCAGCGGAUACAAAGUGAGAAGAACAUCCUGGACGAACCAGACUCUCCUCUAGAGGUUAGUCAUACCCGGUAUAAUGGUUGCCCCACAGAUUUUUAGACUGAUGAGUCCGUU